AUGGAAUCCGGGCUCAACUGCAAGCGGAAAGAAAUUACAACAACUUCCAAGAAGCGACAGGAAGAUGGCAGACAAUUCUGUCUAAAUUCAUCUCCUGAAGAUACCAUCCAAGAUUGUUCGCCAAAAAAGCAGCUUAUGACGGACUUUGAUCUGAUGAUGAUUCUCAAGAGGAAGAAAAACAUUUACCGUCGCACCGGUAGUGAUAUCGAUGUAGUAAAAAGAAAUGAUGAUCAGAUACUGGAGCUCUUGGAAACGAUGCAACAGGCAGCCGACCAGGACCGACAGCUCAACCGCGCCAAUAAACCGGCCACAAAAAAGAUCGCCCUGCUGAAGCAUUUCAUGUCGCAAUUGAUCAAGAAAGAUCUACAGCUGCCUUUGCUGGAGCGUAAUGUGUUGAACGUACUGGCGGAUUGGAUUUCACCACUACCCAGCAAAGCGCUGCCAUGUUUGCAGAUUCGUGAAGGCAUCCUCAAGAUGUUGGGUGAAUUUCCUUCCAUCGAAAAAUCGUACCUUAAACAGUCCGGCAUAGGCAAGGCGGUCAUGUAUCUGUACAAACAUCCAGACGAAACGAAUGCAAACCGCAAGCGAGCCGGAGAAUUGAUCCACGGUUGGUUUCGAACGAUCUAUAAUGUUAAUAUCGAAUUGAAAGCGAUGUCUCGUGAAGAACGCCAGCAGCUUGAAAUGAAACAAAUGCCUGCUAACAAGCGAAAAACGAUGGACAGUCUGCCAUCCGCAGGAUGUGAUCAGCUAGACGAGGCCCUAUGGUUAGACAAGGGAGAAAGAGGCACUGGGCACCCGGGCGAUAGAGACUGGGCAGAGACGGCGCGCGCUAACGUCAGCUUCGGGCUGUUCGGUCCGACCGACCUGCAACUUCGUGAGUACGCUCCUCUGCAACAAAACAACAGUCCCACAGCCGCAUUUGUCUAUUAG